AACGUUGCCAACCCUUAAAGAGAAUUCGAUUGAACCCUACCUCAGGCAUUUGCUGACUAACGCGUUUCAAUCUUUCUCAUUCGAACGGGCCAGUGCUACCGAGGGACCAAAAGGAGGAGGCUGGGAAUAUCCCGAGGAGAAAUCUUCUGAUAGUAUAUAUUCAUAUACUAUAUCUGUUUUCAUAUGUAUACCCCGGACGCUGACUACGAGUAGGAUCGUCACUGUUGCCAACUACCGCAGCCACGAGGCCAAAUGUCUCGCUAACGUCUGACCUGCCCUCUCACUUGCGCUGGGUUCACUAAUCGAACGGUAGCAAUUCGAUUGACGGAUCCCACUCGGCAGGAAAUGAACUUUGACCUGGGAGGAAGGACGUCUGGUUACGUCCGGCUACCCCAAAGACCAUGACAGCGAUCUGCUUCGUGUGCAAUCUACCGAUUCUCAGUCAUCAGGUGGAAUUGAUAUGGCAAGGUGGAAAUGGCUGGGACGAUCUCGUUCGGGAGCAAGUGGAGGAGUCAACUCUGAAACAGCGUUUAGGCGCUGGAAGGAGAGACUCGGCAGCUCAGAUAACCUCAAUCUCACCGCCGAACGAGAUCCAGGACUCCUCGCCGACGAAUCAGCGUCGCCGUCGCUCGAGUCUUGCCCAGCUGACGGACAUCCUGCGGGAAUGGGGCGGUGGUGGAACUUCUGGAAAGAGCGGCAAGGGCGGUAAGCUCUGUCGCAGGGAGACCCUGGCGGACAUAGCCAAAUCGUUACCCUGGUCACGACAACAGACAACCGACGCCAGCCACUUGGCAAGCCUGAAGAAGCGUCGCGAGAGUUCGGUGGACAGCGGUAUCAGGAGUCAGGUGUCAUCAAGGUCGAGACGAGAUUCCGCCAUUAGCGACUUCAAGAACGACCUCGUGCGUCUUUGGGGUAAGAAGGAUGUCACCCAACCGCCACAGCCACCACCGACGGUUAUAUCGCCAACCACUAGGAGAGGCUCUGGAGAAUCCGCCAGGAAUUCACGACGUGGUUCUGGGGAAAGUGCAAAGUCCAGGAGGGACUCGGUCGUCGGAGGUCAGACCCCUAGUCCUGGUGAACGGAAGCACAACUGCAGACACCACAGACGUAAACAGUCUCAGCAGUCAGUCGAAGGUGGCGGAGUGACGCCUACUAAGUAUUACAGAAGCGAUCAGAGACCUAGUGCUUCCAGUACCGAUAGUGCUGCGAGCUGUGCUGUCAGGGAACAUCUGGAGGCACAGAGAAGCCAGGCAGAGAAGAAUGAAAGAUCCGGUAGCGGCGUUGAAGCAAGAACUCAAACGACCACUCUGACAGUAGAUACUAAGAGUACACUGUCAGACAGUAAAAAUCUCACUCUGGAUGCUGCAAUAAAUCCUCCCACUAUAGUAAUGUCUUCCGUGACACCGCCGAUAGUAUCACCGAUGACAGGAAGUAGUCUUCCGCUUCCAGGAGCAUCUACGUCAGGUAGUUCGAGUCCUGUUGGCUCGCCAAACAUCAGCAGCACCCCGGCAUAUCCACUGCUUGGUUCACGCCGUGAUUCUACGACCCAGUGUUAUUACAAGGGCAAGGAAGCGUCACCAAGUAAGUUGUCGAGGUUAACCAGGCAGGCAGCAGCAAUAGAUGAAUCUUUGCCACCGACCGGACGUCGCGGAAGUCAACCCACCUUGUCACCGGAUCCUGAUGACGGAGGUCGCAAGGCGAGGAGGGAUUCCUUGAGCCCGGAUUCCGCCUCUUAUCCAAGGAGACGAGACUCCAAGAGCCAUUUGAGCCCGGACAGGAAUGCUGAAAAAAGGGAUAUCAGUCCAAUAAGACAGAAAAAGGCUCGACUUAGAAGACAGUCCACGUCUAUUGCCUGUGGACGUCCACCAAGGUCCCCAGACAGUUCAUCCUGUUCAUCAAGAGAUCCCAGUCCGUGUGCUAGAGCGCCAGGAAGUAUCCAACAUGCACCAAUAAUAAGAAGACAAUCAACAACAGAAGAGAUUCUAAUAGCACGUGGCUUCCGGCGACAAAGCACCACGGAAGAGAUGAUAAGAUGUCGGAAUUUUCGGAGACAAAGUUCACAGAGCGACGACACGGUUCAAAGGUACCGAGGUAGACGCGACAGCUCGGCUCAAAUAACUGACGGUACAUUCGCAACAAUGACAGUGGAGACAACAAGUACCUUUUUCGACAGUAGUACACAAACUGAACCGUCGCCGCUUUAUGACAACAAUCACUAUCACGAGGAGUGCCUGAGAUGCAAUAGCUGCGGGCUAAACUUGACCGGACCCAAUCAGAAACGAGCAAGACGAUUCAAAAAUCACAUACUCUGCGAUCUGCACUUUGCGGACGUGGCGCUCAUGGAGUGCUCGGACUUCAUGCAGCAGUUGCGCAGCUUCAAGCCACAAAGUUUAGGCUGCGCAGUUGCACGAAGAAAAUCAUCUACGACGCUGAUCUUCCCGCUGCCGCCUCAAGCGUGCUCAGAUGAGUUCUGUCAAGAGUUUCCCCACAACCUCAUACCAACUCCAGGCUAUUGGAUUGAGUGUUCACGGCAGCAAAUUGCCUCGGAUACGAUCUGGGACGAGAGCGAGAGUGAUAGAGAGGCUACCGAUCCGGAACAGGCGGAGGAGCAACAGGAACCCACGAUCAGGCAGCAGCGACGGGAUUUAUGUCUCUUUGAGGAAAACGAAGUUGACUUCGAUGACGCACCCAGGAAGAAGACCACGAUCGAGGAACAGUUUGAGAAGAAUCAAGGCUUUGAGCUGACCUCUGUCGAGCAGGAGACCUAUGAGAAAUAUUUUUAUGGUUCUGAGCAUUGGAAUUACUUCACCAACGACGAGGAUCUUGGUCCUGUUAUACUUAGUAUCAAACAAGAGACUAUUAAUGGCCGUGAUCAGUUCAGGAUACUUGUUAGGGCUAUUAGCUAUACGGUGCAUGGUCUGAUACCAGCCAGCUGUGUAUUCGCAGACAGGUAUAAUCGUGAAGAGGUGGUGAGAAGUUUAGGCAAGGAAGUGAAUAUAAACCCCCCACUCACCCUGGGACAAUUGCCAGACACUCCUGAGGAACUUCUCAAGCUGGAUCAAGUGUUCAUAAAGUCAGAGUUGAAAGUUGGUGUCAUCUAUGUACAGGAGGGACAGUACAGCGAAGAAGAGAUACUCGAUAAUAAUGAUAACUCGCCCCUCUUUGAGGAGUUUCUUCAAAUACUUGGGGAAAAGGUUCGGCUCAAGGGUUUCGAUAAGUACAAGGGUGGCCUGGACACAGUUCACGACCUCACGGGACUCUACUCUGUCUAUACAAACUGGCGAGGAAUUGAAAUUAUGUUUCACGUCUCUACCCUGCUUCCCUAUGAGAAGCAUGAUCCCCAGAAGCUCCAGAGGAAGAGACACAUCGGUAAUGAUAUUGUAUGCGUCGUCUUUCUGGAAGCUGACAACACCAGCUUCAGUCCAGCGUGUAUCAAGUCCCACUUCCUUCACACAUUUAUCCUGGUGCGAGUCAGUCCACGAAUUAAGAGGAAAAUUGCCAGGUACGAAGUCUCAGUGGUCACUAGGGAUGAGGUCGGUGCCUACAAACCGUAUCUAUGGGAGCAGAGCAUCUUUGAGAAAGGACCCAUGUUUCGCGAAUGGAUCCUGACAAAGAUUGUCAAUGGGGAACGCGCGAGUUACUCGGCGCCAAAAUUCGCUAGGAUGCAGGAGAGAACCAGGAGUCAGAUGCUCGAGGAUAUCGUUGCUAAUUUAGCUAAUCAUGCUGAGACUGGUCAAAUUCCAAAACCAUACAGACGAGGUUCCUGGAGACCCAUAGGACACAUGAGACCGUCCUCACCUUUGUUGGAUUCCGUGCGAGAUCAGUUUGAGGACUAUGAUCAACUGGCCAAGGACUUCACUAGGGUAUUCUUAAAUAAUGUAGCCAACGUGACACUAAACGCGAGUCUUUUCGACGUGUCCUUCCUGGUACCUGGUCAGCAGAAACAAAAAGUCAGAUUCAUCGGCGUUCGAGCGAUCCUGGGUGUAAGAAGCAGGUACCAGGAAUUCAAUUACUUGAAGGUCUUUCAAGAAAUGUUGUAUGGAAUACAAACGGGUUUUGGAAGUCCUCAGGUACCGGUCGCGGAAUUACUCGCAAGACCAGUACCCACAUUGCUCAGUCCUCAGAAGCCAAGAAGUUCUAAUUUUCUUCAAGUUCCUGAUAUGGAAAGUCCUAGGCCCAAAAGUGUGCCCUCAUCCCCAAUGGUAAAACGGGCGUUUUCGCGACUCGGGACCAUAACAGCCGGUUGGGGCCGAAGUAUCCGUAAGCACGGAAGCGGAAACACCUUGCAGACGGAAGAUAGGAAGCGAUGGGCAAGCUCACAAGAUUGCAGCAAUAAAGAAGGUAAGGAUAAGGACAGAGCUGCUCAAUCACUGGCUGUACCAAGACUCAGCGUCUGCGCCGACGCCCAGAAGGUAGACAGAGCGAAACUUGCUCAAACCGAGUUCGACAUCAUCGAGUUCGAUCCGGACACAUUCAGGACUCUGCUGGAUUAUCUUCACACAGGAUCCUGCCCAUUAACGUGCAGCAACAUACCUGGCCUCAUAUGCGCGGCUGAACACUACGAUCUACCUGAGCUCCUGCAGGCUUGUUUCCACCACGCGAAACAGUUCCUGAGGAUCGACGUCGUCUGCGUGAUGCUCUGCGCACUGGAGAAUUAUUACUGGAGAUACACGUCAGCGUCGGAGCUGGUGAACAUGAUCCUCGCCUUCGUCGAGACCAGGGCCUAUCAGCUCUUUCAGAGUCCAGGCUUCCUAACCCUGAGCGAAUCCAUGGUCCAGAUGAUAAUGUGUCGCGGUCUCGAGGUCGUGGAGAUAAAGAAGUUCGAGGCGAUGUUUGGCUGGGCCAAGCACAGGAUCAAGACCAAGUCCUCUAAGGUCGACGCGAAAGUCGAGUUCCAGUGCAUAAUGGAAAGACUGAGUAGAGAUUUGAAACUCUACAGAAUAACACCGCAAGAAUUGAUCAGGAUCGUUCUACCCACCAAAGCUAUUCAGAACGAGAGGAUCCUGGAGACCCUGAUGUUCCAGGCGAAUUCAGGAAUCUACCGUAACGUCGACAGCUAUCUGGAAGCUUAUCAGAAGAGGGUGCAGCAGAAUCAAGAGAGUUUCGACUGCGGACUAUGAAAGAAAGCGGGAUCCCUCUUAGGCGAAUAGCGGAGAGGGUCGAAUACCAUAGGGCUCGAAUAAGUCGUAACGUUCGAAGCGCACAAUUUAUAGAAACGUCAUUGGCAUUACCAUCGAGCGAUGCGCUUCUGUCGAUAAAAUAUUUUCAAAAAGCUUCGUCAUUCUAAUUAAGACAUCAACGCGUACAUAAUCGUCCUGAUUAUGGCCAUUUGAGAUAACAGCCAUGACAGUUGGCAUAAAAAUCUGCGAGUAAUUUACGUGUACAGUAACCCCGUUCGCUGUGCAUCCCGUGUAUACAUAUCUCGUGUGCGAGGAAAGGCAUCGGUACACUAGCACUAUUUACGGAUACGAUAAAAGAGAAGAGAGAAGAAAAAUAUAAUAAAAAUGUAAAACCGAAUGAAAAUAUUAAUCGAUGGAAGAAGCAUGAUUUGAUAUGGUGACGUCAUUGGUGUCGCGUACAUUGAUGUAUUCGAACGCGCGUCUAUUGGCUACUCGUUAGACACGCACAGCGCAAGAGGUUGAUGGCCCGAGGCGUCCCACGCGCUCAAGAAUUAAAAGAUGCCGACAGCCAUAUUUGUCUCUGCGCAAGAGAGUUAAGGACGAGCCCAAGAUAUUGGCAGUGAUUUAAUCACUGGGCAAUUGCACGUUUGCCAUAUUUCCUUCGUAUCUUUUUAUAUUUAUUUUAUUUUCCAUUCAAAGAGACAGCAGGCAUUCCUGUAGAAAUGUUCAAUCAUCAAUUGUCAUUCGGCGUAUCGGAUCUUUGAUAGAAAACUCCGAUCGUACGUUAUAUUCUAAAUGCGCCACGCACUUUCUCUCUCUGUCUCUCCUUCUCUGUUUCACUUUCUCCAUUGUACUAAUUACAAUCAUGAGAAACAUGGCGCAACAAUGAAUGCACAAUUUUCGUAGCUUAGCCAAUUGAAAUUAUACAAGAGAAUGGCGGAUGGAAAAAACAUAUAUAAGGUACAAGAGAACGACGCGUCGUCGGCGUCGCUCUUAGUUAGGCGUCGGAAUAUAUAAAUAGAGUGAAAGGUUUAAGACGUAAAGGAAAAUUGAAUCUGCCAGAACGAAUGGUCGGUAUGACGUUUGCGACUGAUCCUUCCGACUCGUUAGAAGUUCCAUUGGAUUUUUCAGUUAAAUCUUUUCUACUAAAGUGGCGCCACUGAUUUUGGUGUGUUAACUAUAGUGAAAUGACAAAAAUUCUCGAAAUUUCGUGGUUCCCUGUAAUGGAUGUUCGGAUCUGAGUAAAAGUAACCUGCAUGUUCAUAUUGCAGUGACGAUUUUGCUCGGCUGUUUUUUUAGGGAAAAAAAAAAAGAAAAUCGAAAUUUCUUUAACGAGAAACGAAGUACGGACGGCAAUUGAAGGCCGAACAUGACAAUCUGUAUCAUAGAGAAAUACUAAUAAUAAUGUAACGGUAAAGAUUUAAUAUUUCGUAAGCGUAAAUUAAAAAAAGAUAAAUUAAAUAUAUAUAUAUAUAUAUACAUACAUAUAUAUAUAUAUACUAAUAAUGAUAACUGAAAGCGUUGAUGUUGAAUGUGGCGUAAAAGAUACGGGGAAAAAAAUAUUUGAAGUCUGUUCUGUUUUCUAUCGUAGAUUUUAUAUCUUCAAUACUCUAAGACAGAGAUUCUAAAAAAAAAAUCCGUGAGGACGUGCCGGAAGAUGAACGAUUUGUGAAAAAAAAAAAAAAAGAAAAACGAUCUUUAUAAACGGACACCAUAUUCGAUGCUCGCGCGAAAACAAAAACCUCUUUGUCAUUGCUUGUAUUUAUUGUUUUCGUCUUAUAUUCGUAUUCGAUGACGAAAGAUGAUUCGCGUGUGUUUCAUUAAUUAGUGUAAUAAUGGCGAAAAGCAACGUUAUGGGUAAACGAGCGAACAAGAGAAACUGUGAGGAUGAGUGAAUACAGUGGAUUUUGCCGAAAAGGAUGUUUCCUGUUGUAAAGAGAGAUCAACGAGAAUAAUUGCAAAAGCUUAAAGAAAAAGUAUAUUCGACCUUAUACGAGUAAAAAAAAAUCGCAAUCAAAAUUUCGUUCGCUAAUAUCGAUAUCCAGCAAGCACUGUGAUAUCCGCCUGAGAAAGUUCGCGACGUAUGGUCGAAAAGUGAGUAGAAGCAAAAAAAGAAAAACCAAAAAAAAAAAAGAAAUAUGAGGAAAGUGAAUUCGUCACAAGAAUACGGGAAAACAUAUCCGAAAUUGCGAAAGAGAGAAGUAAGAGGGAAAGUUGGUAAGGGUAAAAAAAAAAUUUCAAAAAAAAAAAAUAAAAAAAAAAGAAAACUUAAAAGUUCGAUCAACACGUGUCUUUGCAAAAUAAAUUUUCGAAAUGGCUCGUGCACCUUUCACCGAGCGAAAUGGGAGCAUCCUCUUCGAGAGUCCUUCGAGAACGCCCAUUUAUCAUGAAACAUAAAGAGUAGAGAGAAGUUAAACAAAGAAAAAAGAGAUAAGACGAAAAAAUGUAUUCCCGAUCGAUGCGAGAACGUAAAACUUUCUUUUUUUUUUUCUCAAAAAAUCUGAGGAAAAUAUUUUUUACACGACACGUUGUACUUUCCUCGGCCGCGUGUACUUUGCAGGUACCUACAAUAUUUUUUAAUAGUAAUUUCCAUCUUAUUAUCCACACCUCCCCCCCCGGACCUAUCCUCCUCGACUGUAUAUUCCGUUGUUAUAAAUAUAAUGGCAACGCCGCGCUAUAAUAACGUAUUUAAUAAAUAAAUAAUUGUUGAUUCGCCGCGCGUAUGUGGGGAAUCGUUGAGAGGAAAAACAAAAAUGAAAAAAAAAAAAAAAGAAACUGUUAAGUGUCUUAUUGUCCACACAAAGGGGCUGGACGAAAGUAGAUUUCCAAAAAAAAAA